UAUUCAUUUAACUAGGAAGCUCCGCCCCUGGCUGAAGGGCUUCAUGCUCACCAGUCGCCCGUUCCUCCACCAGUUCAUCUCGCUGUGCGUUUCAAGAGCCGCAGAUCAAAGCUGCCUGCUGGGACUCCACACAUUUCCCAAGCUACCUAUCGGUGCGUUGGACGUGGGAUAAAUACAUAAACAUUUACCAAUUUGUUUUUGGGACCUACAUUGUUUUGAGUUUUUUGGGGGAGGGAGAAGGGGUUGCCAGGCAAGUCAAGAACGAGAGAAGUCCUCAGGGUUUCAUGUGACACCAGGCUUCUGUGUACAACUAGGAACCAUGUCGGAUCAUCCCAUCUCCCACCUACAGUGACAUCAACUAUACGUUUUGGACAAACAUGUCGGCCUGCGGUGAGUUUUCAGAACACGUGUGGAAACCCGGCUCGUGUAAGAACUGCUUCCAUCCGCUUAGCGCCCACCGUGCCAGCGGGGGCAGCAUAGUGCCCUGUGGUGCCCUGAGGACCAGUCUGGGGGGAGAGGAGGAGGAGGGAGUGACCGUGCCCUACUCCAAACCCACCAUCGCCGUUCGCCCCACCAUGAUGCUCCCUGACUCCAGCGAGAUGCUGGCAGACCUCAACAUGAACAUAGAACAGGACAAUCUGAAGAGCCCAGUGGACCGACUGGGCCUUAAGAAGAUGUUGGGCCUGUCCCCUAUCUACAUAGACAGUAAAGGUUGUGACAAGGCCCUGAGAGAGGCCGUACUACAGAGUACUACAGGCCCUGAGAAGACAGACUACCCCUGCAGCCGUUUCUCCCCCGGUCCCAUCAGCCCCCGGUCUUCUCUGUCUCCCUCAGCCCUCCAGAAGGACUCUAGUACGAUCAUCAGCAGUGUCUUAGUGACCCAGGAGGACGGACACAGCCGAGGGCCUCACAGUCUGGAGAAAGGGAAUAGCAACAGUGACUCAUCCUACAGGCAACAGAUCACCAAGACCACCAAAACCACCAAGAGUACUUGCAACGGACAUGGCGUCCGCAUGGUGACCACCACUAGAGGGUCUUCCACAGUCCAGGCCAUCCAGGAAGUGAAAGCACCUCUGGGUAUUGCUAUCAACAUCAUUGCCACGGUAACAACAACAGCUGGUAACGGCAUCGGUAACGGUCUUAUCAACACCACAACCGCCCCUAGUAAUGGGGGCCUUACGUCUGGGAACACCAACAAGUCCAGUACAUCUCCCAUCCCAUCCUUAACCACCCUGGGCUCAGGGGCAUCUCCAGGGCCUCUAGGGCACAACCUCCAGUCCUGUGGAGGAGGCCGAACCGGCUCCUUCCUCUCCGAGCCUAGUACUCUGUCUCUGUCAGACUCUUGCUCCUAUCGCAGCAGCACAGACUCUCUCACAGGGCCGGAUGGCUUCGGACUGGCUGGGCCAGAUAGUCCCAUUCCUCAGAGCCUCUCAGCCUUGUCAGCCAGCUCUCCCUCAGACGGACAGACGCUGUCGUCAGAACCCAUCUAUGCUGAGAGCACCAAGAGGAAGAGGAGGCCUCAGAGCGCUGGAGGAGGGAACGGGAAGGUCCAGGCCCAAAAACAGCACUCCGAGCUGGAGGUGGAGCUCACAGAAGAGGGUCAGAACCAGAGGGCCAAGAUAACCAUCCGGGCUGCUCAUACUGAGGAGAACAACCGGACAUUCUAUCUGAGCAGCCCGGACUCGGCUGUCAGCACCCAGUGGCCUGACUUCAGCCCCACGGCCCUCAGUAACCCCGGCAGCCCAGCUUUCAAGUGGCCCUCCAGCUCCUCUGUAACAGAGACAUCAUCCCCAGGUUUCCCUGCUUCCCUCCAGCCCAAACCACAGAACAGCCCCCCUAUACCGCCCAAGAGGAACAACCGAUCGCCCAAACCGCUCCCGGGGACCUCCAUCUCCCCGUUGCCUGAGCUCAGCAUACAGACUCUGGUUUUAUCACCGUCUUCCAGGGACGUCCAGGUGCAGGUGAAGCCCCAGAUGGAGCCCCACAGCUCAGCCUCGUCUGAGGUCCGGAGGCACAAGCUCCACACCACUCCCUGGAACUGGGAGGGCCGGAUCGAGGAGGAGGAGGAGACAGAAGAGGGCCAUGCUCAGGAGAGUGCCUCUCAGAGCAGGGUGACGGGGCUCAUCAAUAGGGCGGCUGUCUGGAGAGACGCCAGUGACUGGAGACCCACGGGGGUGACACAGGGCAGCGAGGGCCAGCAGGGCAGCACCCAGACCCUGCCAGGCACCGCGGCCAACAAUAGUGCCAGUCAGAAGCAGGCAGGCUGCAGCAGCGGCAGCACGGAGGAGGGCAAACAUAGCGGGAGCAUGUUGGCCAAGUCGACUCUGUCGUCUCUCUCCAGAACGGAGCAGCUCUCAGCAGAGGGGAAGAGUUCAAGCCAUGACCCCACUCCACCACCCCCUCCCCCUAAGAAACACCACAGGGUGUCUGGUAAGAUGAGCCAGAGCAGUGUGGAGCUGGACCACUGCAGCCAGCAGGGCUCUGUUGAGAGCCUGACCCACAGUCUCCGUGGCCUGGGGAGCAGCAGCCUGCCUACAGCCUCCACCGACAGCUUGCCUGGAGACUCCAACAGAGCUGUCUCUGAUUCUGGUUCCCAUGAUGCCCCUCGUCUGUCGUGCACCUCGCCAUUUCCCAGAAGCCCGAUGGCCUCCUCCCCAGGGUCUCCUCACGCUGACCCGUUCUCUAGCAACACCCAGUCCAACCAGCUGCAGCCACCGCCCCUACCCGAAAAGAAAAUGGUGAAUCGCGCCGUAUCUGCCCCUGACAACAUGGCCGGGAAACCCUUAGUCCGGGCCUACCCCUGCUUCCCCUUCACCGGUGGCUCUGAGAGCAACGUAUUCCGUCCUGACGUCCCAUCCCUGUCCAGUCUUCCAUCCUCCCCCGUGGACCCUCGGGCCAUUUAUUCCUCCUCUGAGUCCUUAGAGCACUGUCACACCCCUCUGGGACACCCCCUGCGCUCCCGGACCCUGGACGAACCCCUGAAAGUUCGGGGCCGACUAGGGGGUCACAGCCGAGGCAGCAUCACCUCCUCCUCCUCCCCCCAGCUCAGCGCCCCCCACCUCUCGGCCUCCGGACCCACCCAGGGCUCCGGCCUGCAGCUGCAGGCCCUGCUCAGUAACAUAGACAGUAGAGAGGGGAUCUACUCCAAGCUGGGAGGCCUGUACGCUGAGUCGCUGCGCCGCCUGGCUCUGAAGUGUGAGGACCACUUCACCCGCAGCCAGAAGAACCCGCUGAGGUUUGAUGAGAGCAACUGGUCCCUGUUCAAAUUGACCUGUAACAAGGCCAGCUGUAAUGCAGGAGACGGUGUCUACUACUCUGCUGCCUGCGCCUCAGACCCAUCCAACUCCUAUGCAGUCAAGAUCUGUAAGAGCCAGACCUCAGAAGCCAAGCAGGGUCACCUCUACAGCCUGUCCGUCCAGCAGACCGUCCCUCCCCACUUCAACCUCCAGCAGGACUGUGGCCACUUCAUAGCCUGCGUGCCCCAGAGCAUGCUCCCCGCUGAUGAGGCCUCGCUGCCCCCCAGUCCCAACCCCACACAGGGGGACAAGGAGCGGGUGGUGGUUAUCACCCGGGAGGUGCCACAGCAGACUACGGCAGACUUUGUCAAGGAGUGGGCGUCCGUUCACCAGGCCCAGCCGGAGGUGUACGAGCGGUGGGUCUGCUUCCUUCUGCUGCAGCUGUGCAAUGGUCUGGACCAUCUAAAGGAGCAUGGGGUGACACAUCGAGACCUUUGUCUGGAGAACCUCCUCCUGGUCCCUCACCGCCGCCCCACGCAGGCCAACCCCAACGCCCCACACGACCAGAAGCACCUCCCCCGUCUGGUCAUCUCCAACUUCGCCAAGGCCAAGCAGCGGAACACUGAGGACUCUGCUCACAAUGACCCCCGCCUCAAACGUAACCACGCCCGCCUGGCCCCGGAGAUCGUCUCGGCCACCCAGUACCGGAAAUUCGACGAGUUCCAAACCGGUAUUCUAAUCUAUGAGCUCCUCCACCAGCCGAACCCGUUUGAGGUCAGCCCGAAACUGAAAGAACAGGACUACAGCUGUGAGGACCUGCCCCCCAUCCCUCCAGUCUCUCUCUACUCCGCUGGACUCCAGAGACUAACCCGGCUACUCCUCCAGCCGGACCCCAUUAAACGCAUCCACAUUCAGGAGGCCAAGCGGGUGCUGCAGAGCCUGCUGUGGGGCCCCCGGAAAGACCUGAUGGAGCAACAGCAGUGGGGGGACAGGCUGGGCCCCGGGGAAGGGCCCCGCCACGAGGGCCUCCUCAACUGGUUGGACGUGAAGAGAGCUCUGCUGAUGAUGAAGUUCGCAGAGAGGUCUCUGGAGCCAGAGAGGAACGCAGAGUUAGAGGACUGGCUGUGUUGUCAGUACUUCAGCUCUGCUCAUCCUCUGUCCCUGUGUCAUACUGCUGAACUGCUCUACUCACUCAAGUGACUGACACACUGACCGGACAGACUGUCAAUCCCAAAUCAACCCCUAAAGCCUACCCCCCAGGUACUCCUGGAGAUCUGAAAGGAUAGGAUAGGUUUGGGAUUGGGGGUGACUGUUAGUGUGUAGAGAGCAUGAACUGCCAUGGGUUUCCCCUGUAUCUGUCUCGGAGGAUACAGUGAUACAAUGUGAACCUGUCAGUCUGCUCUCCACCCAAAUGCAUGAAAGAAACAAGGUAUCAAUCACUUUCCUGUCCAUUCAGCUUCUACUUCUACUGUUUGUCUACAGACUGCUGUUGUUUUACUUUACUGUAUGGACUAAGACACAAACCCGCUGGUAAGGAACCGUCCCAAAAGCACAAGCAGGCCAGCGAUUGGCAGAACAGAACAGGAUAGUCCUCUUGCCAGAAUCAGAGCACUCUCUGUUCCACCCCAGACACAGCAGCUGUGAGAGCUAAGCAUGGAAUGGAGGAUUGAAGUAACACAGGAAGACUUAAAUGUACUUACCUAUUUAGUAUUGAUGAACAACAGUCAGUAUACACACCUGCCAAGACAUUUCAAGUGUUCAUGUUUUGUGUUGUCCUUAUCAAUAGGACUACUUGCCCUUUCAAACAAGAGCUCUCGUCCUCAUUUAUCCAUGUCCAGCAACUCUUGACAAAUGUUUGAUUGUGCCUGUGCAGCUAGCUAAUUUUGAUUUGCUUUCACACAUUGGUUUUAUGUUACACACAGGCAUUGACACUGGCGUGUAUUGAAUUGUGCAUACACAUUCAUACCAGUGUGUUGAAAUGGAGUAAACUGGUUCCUGAAGGAUACCUUGUCUACAGCUCAGUAAAGAGUGGUUGGUGUUGUAUCUCUCCUUGUUAAUCCACGAGGAGGACAUGUAUUGGUUAGAAAGGUGGCCAUCUUGAAACCAAAGCUGUUUUGAUUGGCCUAGAUGGGAUGGUAACCAUGGAAAUGGUCUGACAUGAACCAAUCUAAAACGUGUACUGCCUAAUGCCACAAAAUACAGUAUGUAUAUCAUUAGUUAAGCGAUACUAAGACAGCCAGUACCACCACUGCUAUGGUCCCACCUACCCCAAUACUUACCUUUUUAAAGAGAUACUCUGGUACUUUUGUAUACUUUUAGCCACUAGUUCAGAAAGUAGCACUCACGAGCCAAAAGUGGUCCCUGAAAAUGGCUUACUAUGUCACAUAUGUGCAGAUACAGUAUUUGCACCACGUCAUUGCUCUCUCUCUGCUGUGUCCACUGAGCCAUUGGGCCUGCCCUGCAACCUCAUUGGAUAAUGCUGGGUAGGCCUCUUGCUAGCUGUCACUUAAAUACAAGAGUGCUGAAACUCAUUGGCUAUAACUCAAAUUGCUAUGUGGGGAAAAUGGCCCGGAACAGUUUCAAGAAAAGUCACUUUCAAACUAGGGAUUUCGUGGCUAAUUGAGUUAAAACAGUAAUUCUGUAUUAAGAACGCAUUGACACAUCCAGCCCAAACCGGGAGGUUUAAAACGUACUUUCUUAGUUGCCAAAGUACCGGAGCAUGUCUUUAAUGUCAUCUAUAAUUGUUGUUUUUGAUUUUAUAAAUUGUUACAGUGCCUUUUACUUCUCCAUAUACAUAUUAUGGUGACUGAGAACCUAAUUGUAAAUCUUAACCCCUAUGCUCCCUCUGCAAUUUGUGAAACUGGAAUUUCACAGAAUGGUCUGGAGACGGACAGAAUUUGUACAUAGAGGUUGUAGAUCAAAUGGCGAGCCCCACCUCAAGCAGGUCUUAAUAAUUGCAAUGGAUAAGAUCCAUAGUGAAAAGUAUCUAUGAUAUCCAAUCGUUUUAACCCGUAGUAGUCACUGGAGGAAGGCCUUUCUGUUUUUCACUGCAUCCUAAAUGGCGCCCUAUUCCGUUCGUAGUGCACUACUCCUGACCAGAGCCCUGUGUAGGGAAAAGGGUACCAUUUGGAACACAUCCACGCUUCAACUUCUUCUUGUUUCUCCAAGAAUAAAUCAUUGAUUAUGGCCUGGGGCUGCAGGCAAACAGUUCAAAUUCUGUUCUAUUCCACUGCUGUUAUCAUUAUGUGAAUAGAAAAGAUACUGGUCUCUGUGACAACUAACACAGUGAUUUAAUGUGAGCCUCACCUGCAUUCAUCAAUAAAUUGUAAAUAUGUUUUCACACAUGCA